UGACAAAGAAAAGCGUCAGUAUUGUAGUUGCUGACUGAAAAGUCACCCAGUGUAGAAUAGAGGAAGGCGUGUCAUCCUCUUUUUGGAAACACUAAGUUCACACAGUAAUGGGAGUGUCACAACAUUUUUUCAACCUCAUGAGCUAUCAUUUUAACUUUCUCGUCACUUGAAACUGCGUUGCUUUGUUAUUUUUCGUUACCUGUUCGUGAUAAUUCUUGACAAAACGUCGACCAACAGUGGGAUUUGUUUCAAGCGGAGCCGCGAAUUUAGGAUGGCGCAUCACGCGCGACGAUAACAGGAUGCUUUACAAGCACAGCAAGCACCUGAGUGGACGAUACAAGAAGUCCGCACAUCACUUUAUCUGGCUCCUCUGUCUUUGGGUUCACCUUCUGCCUCAAGUGGAUGGUUUCUUUAUGUCUGAUGCUAAGGCUGUCCUGCAAGCAUGUGAUGACCACUGGACUUUACAGGGGCAGCGGCGUAUACCUGUGCUCUUCCAAACAACAGUAUGCGUGGACGUAAAGGUCCUUUCCCCAGGCGAGUGGACUGCAUUUAGCUAUGUCUCGGCCCCCGCACCCCGCUAUGAGCUGGCCCUGCAAGGGGAUCCAAACAACCUGUACGCAUGGCUGUUGGGUGUACGCCACCAGUUCACUGUUCAGCUGACCACUCAUCGCUGGUACCACAUAUGUCUACAGUGGGACGCCCCUCAAAAAAGCUUCAGCCUGACAAUAGAUGGGAACUCUGAAGUAUAUCAGCGGACCGCCAUUGCCAAAGCAAUCCCCCCUUCUGGACGUCUUCUGCUGGGUUGCCAACCAAAUGAGGCCUCCCUUAAGGUGAAAAUGGCCACGGUGGAGCUCUACCUUUUCCGCAUAUGGGACGAUGUAGGAGACCACAGGGUAUGUGAGGACGGGACCGUGAUUGGUUGGGACUCGCAACUUUGGGCCUUCACGCGACCCCAGGCCAGAGUCCAAGAUAACACGCUUCAAUGUGGCCUAGGGCAUCUGCGUAUGAAACGCGAUGUACCAGGAGCUACAACCCCAUUCAGCACAUCCCAAAGUGUAGCCACUAGCCGAGAGUUUGAUCUGACAUCUCAAAGUCCACUCUACUCAAUUUUGUCUUCAAUAUUUACCAGUGCACAAAAAACCACAACCCAAGGAGAGAACAUUCUAACUUCCAGUCAGGUCUCUGCUUCGACCUCUCAAGCCAGAACCACAGCGAAUCCUGCAGGACUCGCUACAACAACUACAACAACUUCUAAACCUUCAAUGAAUCUCACUACACCGACACAAAUUCCGCUCACAUCAGCUACCACAUCACGCACAACCAUUACACCCGCCACUCAAGCUCUGACUAGUUCAGCUCUUAAUAACACGAAUAUUAUGUCAAAUACUGGUGGAUUAAACACAUCGCCUUCAACACCGGCCUCACCUAUGUCUUACGUAACGACUGAAAUGACCCAGAGCACGUCAAUAUCUGCCCAGACACUUUCAAGCAAUUACAUUAGCCAUCCAGUCAGUGGUUUCGGUACCUCUGAAACAACAGCCAAUCACACGUCAGUAAGCUCUCCCACUGAACCAACUGUCAUGACUCAAGUAACCAAUCAGACAGCAGUUCUUCGAACAACGACGUCCAAUGCAUUAUUCACAGAGCCAUUUGAGGUACAGUGUAACUUUUCCCAAUACUGCGCUAAUGAAUCGUCAUACUACUGGAUGCUUGUGGAGGUGUCUGAUUCUAAUAUGACAGAGGAAGCUAUUCAAAGAUGGUUUUUAGAUCUUUUUAACAUGAGCAUCUGCUUUGCUGAAGAUUUAACAACAGAAAACAAUAUUACAUCAUACCAAAAUGACAUAAUCUUUGUGACUGCUGAGGUUAGAUGUGGAAACAAGCAGAACAUCCUGCCGACAAACUGCACUGUGCUUCUACAGCUGAGCCAGCCUGUGAAUACAUGCAUCCUCCGUGAGCUGGUGGAAAACUGUGCAUAUAUCAACUCAUCAAUCCAGCUUCUGGGAGAUGUAGAAAGAGUGGGAAUAGGCCUGUGCCCAGAGAACAAUAUUACGCCCCCUGGAGAUGGUUUUGUGCACUGCACAUCUCCAAUGGCUUACGAUGGUAUCUGCAAGACCCAGGGAUCUGUAAAUGUCACAUGCUCUUAUAAUCAGAAUGGCUUUGUUCCUAAAGACUUGGUUGCUAAUCAAUCCUGCAAUGUUGAGAACCAACAGCAAUGUGAGUGUCAUGUAUCUAACAACAACGAGACAUAUUAUGCUGUUCGUCUAAAUAUUACAAGCCCAGAUGUGAGUUUCACCUACGUUCAGGACAGGGUUGUACAGUUGAGCACUCCCUGCAAUAAAUCCAACAUACCAGGGUCUCUGUGUAAUUCUUCUUCUGAAGUAUCCCAGUUGUAUCUGGGAAUGCACCUGGAAUGUUUUGGAAAAGGAACAAGGCUCUACACAUGUAUGUUGAUUCUGCAGCUGUCAAAACCACUAGAUGUGUGUACUGUUAGUUCUGCUAUUGCCUUUGUUUGGAAGAACAGUACCAACAUUGGUUUUGAUGGAUCGCUAAGUAGAAUAGCCAUAUGUCGUUUGCCCACUGAUUCAGAAACCAUUCCUUUGAACUCAACAUUUACAUGGCUCUCUGUAAAUCUCAGUGCCAGCCAGAGCGAUGAAAUCAAAGACCAACUGAAAUGUGCACAGGGUCAGACGUUUGCUGUUAUUUUAAAUGAGAGCUGUGGGAUCCCACCAUCUAAAUCCUCCACAACUCAACUUACCUCUCCCAAAACAAACAUCACUUCUCCAUCAAUAACUACAAUCUGGUCACUCACCAACCAAUCUCAAACUGCAGUCACACCAUCCAGAAACAUCGUCAACACUUCUGAUACACCUAAUACAUCCAUCAACAGUACAGCCACUCAAACAAACACUGUUUCACAUAAUACGACAAGCCUGCCACUCAUUUCAACACCUGAUAUAACAACCCAACCUAUCAAUACAGUAGGUACAUCACACAAUAUAACAAUCUCAAUAGUCAGUACAACAGGUACACAAUCAUCUCCGGUCAGUACAACAAAUGCGACAAACAGUUUAAGAACCCCACCAGGCAGCACAACAGGUACACAAAACAAUAUAACAACUUCACCAGUCAAAACAACAGAAACCACACUCGAUAUAACAACCUCACCUGUCAGUACAAGAGAUUCGAAUCUCAAUGUAACAACCCCACCGGUUAGUACAACAGUUACAACACACAAUAUAACAAACUCACCGGUCAGUACAGAAGGUACAACACACAAUGUAACAACCCCACUGGUCAGUACAACAGAUACAACACACAAUGUAACAACCCCACUGGUCAGUACAAUAGAUACAACACACAAUGUAACAACCCCAUUGGUCAGUACAACAGAUACAGCACGCAAUGUAACAACCCCACUGGUCAGUACAAUAGAUACAACACGCAAUGUAACAACCCCACUGGUCAGUACAACAGAUAAAACACUCAAUGUAACAACCCCACCAGUCAGUACAACAGAAACCACACUCGAUAUAACAACCCCAAAGGUCAGUACAAGAGAUACAACAGAUACAACACACAAUAUAACAACCUCACGGGUCAGUCCAACAGAUACAACACACAAUAUAACAACCCCACCAGUUAGUACAACAGAUACAACACAGAAUAUAGCAAACUCAGCGGUCAGUCCAAAAGAUACAACAUACAAUAUAACAACUUCACCGGUCAGUACAACAGUUACAACACACAAUGUAACAACCCCAUUGGUCAGUACAACAGAUACAACACACAAUGUAACAACCCCACCAUUUAGUACAACGGAUACAGCAAACAAUAUAGCAAACUCACCGGUCAGUACAACAGAUACAACACGCAAUGUAACAACCCCACUGGUCAGUACAAUAGAUACAACACACAAUGUAACAACCCCACUGGUCAGUACAACACACAAUGUAACAACCCCAUUGGUCAGUACAACAGAUACAACACACAAUGUAACAAGCCCACCAUUUAGUACAACGGAUACAGCAAACAAUAUAGCAAACUCACCGGUCAGUACAACAGAUACAACACGCAAUGUAACAACCCCACUGGUCAGUACAAUAGAUACAACACACAAUGUAACAACCCCACUGGUCAGUACAACACACAAUGUAACAACCCCACUGGUCAGUACAAUAGAUACAACACACAAUGUAACAACCCCAUUGGUCAGUACAACAGAUACAGCACGCAAUGUAACAAACCCACUGGUCAGUACAAUAGAUACAACACGCAAUGUAACAACCCCACUGGUCAGUACAACAGAUACAACACGCAAUGUAACAACCCCACUGGUCAGUACAAUAGAUACAACACGCAAUGUAACAACCCCAUUGGCCAGUACAACAGAUACAGCACGCAAUGUAACAACCCCACUGGUCAGUACAACAGAUACAACACACAAUGUAACAACCCCACCAUUUAGUACAACGGAUACAGCAAACAAUAUAGCAAACUCACCGGUCAGUACAACAGAUACAACACGCAAUGUAACAACCCCACUGGUCAGUACAAUAGAUAUAACACACAAUGUAACAACCCCACUGGUCAGUACAACACACAAUGUAACAACCCCAUUGGUCAGUACAACAGAUACAACACACAAUGUAACAAGCCCACUAUUUAGUACAACAGAUACAGCAAACAAUAUAGCAAACUCACCGGUUAGUACAACAGAUACAGCAAACAAUAUAGCAAACUCACCGGUUAGUGCAACAGGUACAACACAGAAUGUAACAACCCCACUGGUCAGUACAAUAGAUACAACAUACAAUGUAACAACCCCACUGGUCAGUACAAUAGAUACAACACACAAUGUAACAACCCCAUUGGUCAGUACAACAGAUACAGCACGCAAUGUAACAAACCCACUGGUCAGUACUAUAGAUACAACACGCAAUGUAACAACCCCACUGGUCAGUACAACAGAUACAACACGCAAUGUAACAACCCCACUGGUCAGUACAAUAGAUACAACACGCAAUGUAACAACCCCAUUGGUCAGUACAACAGAUACAGCACGCAAUGUAACAACCCCACUGGUCAGUACAACAGAUACAACACAUAAUGUAACAACCCCACUGGUCAGUACAACAGAUACAACACGCAAUGUAACAACCCCACUGGUCAGUACAACAGAUACAACACGCAAUGUAACAACCCCACUGGUCAGUACAAUAGAUACAACACGCAAUGUAACAACCCCACUGGUCAGUACAAUAGAUACAACACGCAAUGUAACAACCCCACUGGUCAGUACAAUAGAUACAACACGCAAUGUAACAACCCCACUGGUCAGUGCAAUAGAUACAACACGCAAUGUAACAACCCCACCAGUUAGUGCAACAGGUACAACACGCAAUGUAACAACCCCACUGGUCAGUACAACAGAUACAACACGCAAUGUAACAACCCCACUGGUCAGUACAACAGAUACAACACGCAAUGUAACAACCCCACCGGUCAGUGCAACAGGUACAACACGCAAUGUAACAACCCCACUGGUCAGUACAAUAGAUACAACACGCAAUGUAACAACCCCACCGGUCAGUGCAACAGGUACAACACCCAAUGUAACAACCCCACUGGUCAGUACAAUAGAUACAACACGCAAUGUAACAACCCCACUGGUCAGUGCAACAGGUACAACACGCAAUGUAACAACCCCACUGGUCAGUACAACAGAUACAACACGCAAUGUAACAACCCCACUGGUCAGUGCAACAGAUACAACACGCAAUGUAACAACCCCACUGGUCAGUGCAAUAGAUACAACACAUAAUGUAACAACCCCACUGGUCAGUACAAUAGAUACAACACACAAUGUAACAACCCCACCGGUUAGUGCAACAGGUACAACACAUAAUGUAACAACCCCACUGGUCAGUACAACAGAUACAACACGCAAUGUAACAACCCCAGUGGUCAGUACAAUAGAUACAACACACAAUGUAACAACCCCACUGGUCAGUGUUAUAGAUACAACACGCAAUGUAACAACUCCACUGGUCAGUACAACAGAUACAACACGCAAUGUAACAACCCCACUGGUCAGUGCAAUAGAUACAACACGCAAUGUAACAACCCCACCAGUUAGUGCAACGGGUACAACACACAAUGUAACAACCCCACUGGUCAGUGCAAUAGACACAACACGCAAUGUAACAACCCCACUGGUCAGUGCAAUAGAUACAACGCGCAAUGUAACAACCCCACCAGUUAGUGCAACAGGUACAACACACAAUGUAACAACCCCACCGGUCAGUACAACAGGUACAACACAUAAUGUAACAACCCCACUGGUCAGUACAAUAGAUACAACACACAAUGUAACAACCCCACCAGUUAGUGCAACAGGUACAACACACAAUGUAACAACCCCACUGGUCAGUGCAAUAGAUACAACACGCAAUGUAACAACCCCACCAGUUAGUGCAACGGGUACAACACACAAUGUAACAACCCCACCAGUUAGUGCAACAGGUACAACACACAAUGUAACAACCCCACUGGUCAGUACAACAGGUACAACACAUAAUGUAACAACCCCACUGGUCAGUACAACAGAUACAACACGCAAUGUAACAACCCCACUGGUCAGUACAAUAGACACAACACACAAUGUAACAACCCCACUGGUCAGUGCAAUAGACACAACACGCAAUGUAACAACCCCAUUGGUCAGUACAACAGAUACAGCACGCAAUGUAACAACCCCACUGGUCAGUACAAUAGAUACAACACGCAAUGUAACAACCCCACUGGUCAGUACAAUAGACACAACACGCAAUGUAACAACCCCACUGGUCAGUGCAAUAGAUACAACACGCAAUGUAACAACCCCACCAGUUAGUGCAACAGGUACAACACACAAUGUAACAACCCCACCGGUCAGUACAACAGGUACAACACAUAAUGUAACAAACCCACUGGACAGUACAAUAGAUACAACACACAAUGUAACAACCCCACCAGUUAGUGCAACAGGUACAACACAUAAUGUAACAACCCCACCAGUUAGUGCAACAGGUACAACACAUAAUGUAACAACCCCACUGGUCAGUACAACAUAUACAACACGCAAUGUAACAACCCCACUGGUCAGUACAAUAGACACAACACACAAUGUAACAACCCCACUGGUCAGUACAAUAGAUACAACACACAAUGUAACAACCCCACUGGUUAGUGCAACAGGUACAACACAUAAUGUAACAACCCCACUGGUCAGUACAACAGAUACAACACGCAAUGUAACAACCCCACUGGUCAGUACAACAGAUACAACACACAAUAUAACAACUUCACCAGUCAGUACAGCAGAUACAUCAUACAAUAUAACAACUUCACCGGUCAGUACAACAGAUACAACACAAAAAAUAACAACCUCACCGGUCAGUACAACAAUUACAACACAGAAUAUAGCAAACUUACCAGUCACUCCAACAGAUACAACACACAAUAUAAAAACCCCACCGGUCACUCCAACAGAUACAACACACAAUAUAACAACCCCACCGGUCAGUCCAACAGAUACAACAUACAAUAUAACAACUUCACCGGUCAGUACAACAGGUAUAACACACAAUAUAACAACCCCACUGGUUAGUACAACAGUUACAACACACAAUAUAGCAAACUCACCGGUCAGUCUAACAGAUAUAACAUACAGUAUAACAACUUCACCGGUCAGUACAACAGUUACAACACACAAUGUAACAACUUCACCAGUCAGUCCAACAGUUACAACACACAAUAUAGCAAACUCACCGGUCAGUACAGAAGGUACAACACACAAUGUAACAACCCCACCGUUUAGUACAACAGAUACAACACACAAUAUAACAACCCCACUGGUCAUUGCAACAGUUAAAACACACAAUAUAACAACCUCACUGGUUAGUACAACAGAUACACCAAACAAUAUAACAACCUCACUGGUCAGUGCAACAGAUACAACACACAAUAUAACAACCCCACCGGUUAGUGCAACAGUUACAACACACAAUAUAACAACCCCACCGGUUAGUACAACAGAUACAACAAACAAUAUAACAACCUCACUGGUCAGUAUAACAGAUACAACAAACAAUAUAACAACCUCACUGGUCAGUACAACAGAUACAACACACAAUAUAACAACCCCACCGGUUACUACAACAGAUGCACCACAGAAUAUAAUAACCCCACCGGUUAGUGCAACAGUUACAACACACAAUAUUACAACCCCACCGGUUACUACAACAGAUACAACACACAAUAUAACAACCCCACCGGUUAGUGCAACAGUUACAACACACAAUAUAACAACCCCACCGGUUACUACAACAGAUGCAACACAGAAUAUAAUAACCCCACCGGUUAGUGCAACAAUUACAACACACAAUAUAACAACCCCACCGGUUACUACAACAGAUGCAACACAGAAUAUAACCUCACCGGUUAGUACAACAGAUACAACACACAAUAUAACAACCCGACCGGUUAGUGCAACAGUUACAACACACAAUAUAACAACCCCGCUGGUUACUACAACAGAUACAACACACAAUAUAACAACCUCACUAGUCAGUACAACAGUCACACCACUCAAUAUAACAACACCACGCAUUAAUACAACAGGUACAAUCCCUCUAGUCAGUAUAACAGUCACAUCAUUUAACACAACUACUGUGACAGUCACAACACUUGAUAAAACUACAAAAACUCUCAACACAUCCAUCACUCCACUUAAUACAACAAGAAUGCCAGUUAUUACAACUGACAUAACACCUGCUGAGGUUGCAACAGCAACACCAUUCAAUACAACAGCACAGAUACAUGAAACUCUUAAUGCAACAGUUAGACCAUUAAAUGCAACAGUCACACCUCAUUUUACUACUGCCAUGCCACUCAGCUCAACUGCACUACAUCAUACAACAGUCACGCCAACAGUCACUGCUGAAAAUGCGACACAUUCUUACACAAGUAGUUCUAAAACCACAACCUUUCCACCAAAUACAACACUGUUUAACUUGACAAUACCAUCACAAAGCACAUUACACAUAAAUGCAACAACACCCCCAUUAAAUACAAACACAACUCAAACUCAAACUGAAUUCAAUACAACCGCAAUUCUGUAUGAAACAACACAACUUUUGAAUAAUUCUAGAUACACAGAUAAUAAAACUGAUACCACAACAUAUACACCACAAGUCAGUACAAUGUAUACACUUAACUUCACAACAUUUAAUACAACAUUUUUUCCUGAUGUUACUUAUUCCAACAUAACAGAUAUCCUGUUCAAUACAACUCAAUCAAAUACAACAGCCUUUACAAUGAACACAACCUUGUUUAACACAACAAAUAUUCCAUUGAAUGUAACCAGCUUUAAUGGGACUGAUGUCAAUCGUAGCAUCAACACAACAGAUACUUCCAAUAACACAUCAGAAUUUAACACAACAGAUAUUCCAUUGAAUGUAACCAGCUUCAAUGGGACCAAUGCCAACAGUAGCAUCAACACAACAGAGACUUCCAAUAACACAUCAGAAUUUAACACAACCAUAAGCCCUGCACUUAAUACAACAUCAUCUGACAACACAACACAGAUACAUACAACAACCUUUCCAACAACAGAAAAUAUUACUGACUCCACUUCAGAGCCUUUCACAACAGUUAGUCUCCUUAACACAACACAGUCAAAUGGCACAAUAGAAAAAGACUUUACUGAAAAUACAAUCAGUAAUACAACUACAACAUUCAAUCCAAUUAGUAUUCCAAACAACAUACCAACAAAUACAACCAUUAUUAGCAUUGUCACAAAUAGUAGUACAGCUCCCACAACUGCUCUGUCAGCCAUACUUCCAAGCUCUCCUCAGAACAGCUCCACUUCCACAACAGCUGCUCCAAUUAUUUCUCCAACUCCAACGACUAGCAGAAGUAACACAACUGCAGUCACCACUACAGCUGUGACAACAACACCCUCCAUUACCAUGGCAGCCACUUCAGAAGCAACAACUAAAAGCCCAGACAAAGUGGCUAGUGAUCUUCUGAAUCAAACACAGAAUUCGGCAUCUCUAAACUCAACUCAGGUGAAUCAGCUGGUCAACCAGCUAGAUAAUCUUCUCUCUGCACCCAAUAUUACUCUGGAUCUGGGUCGAACAGUGCUGUCCGUCAUCAACAACCUUCUAAACAGCGCUACAGAUGCUGUUAAUGCCUCAUCUAAUCGAUUAAUCAAAGCUGUGGAUAAUUUGGCUCUAAAACUUGUGAUUCGGGACCAGACUGAGAACAUUGUAUUUGAUUCACUCGCUUUGACCGUGGCCAAAGUUGAUGGCACCAACUUUGGGGAAACGUCAUUCACAAUUGCAGAUCCCUUGAACCCACAGGUCACAAAAGGACUUCAAAGACAAAUCAGGGCAGCCGAAAGCUCCUCCUCAAUGGGCAAAAUAACACUACCUGCAUCCCUGACAAAGAACCUCUCUCCAGAACAACAGAAGAUCGCUUCAAGAGUCCAGUUCACCUUCUUUCAGAAAAGCACAUUUUUUCAGGAUAAAAACCUGACUCGACAGAUGUCGCUGAACAGCCACAUUCUGGGCUCUAGUGUGGCUAACCUGUCAAUCAAAGACUUGAGCGAGAAUGUCGAGUUUACUCUGAGGAAUAAACAGCCUGUUGCGGGGAACUAUGUAGCUUCCUGUGUUUUCUGGGAUUUUGACCAAAAUGGAGGUUCAGGAGGCUGGAAUCCCAACGGCUGCUAUGUCAAGAACAGCAGCACCGAGAACGAAACCAUCUGCAGCUGCAAUCACCUGACCAGCUUUGCUGUGCUGCUGGACAUUAGCCGACAAGGCCCAACUGACCGUCUACAGGCCACCAUCCUUACCUUCAUCACUUACAUUGGAUGUGGGGUGUCCGCCAUCUUUCUCUCAGUUACUCUGCUCACGUACCUCGCGUUUGACAAAAUCCGCCGGGAUAUCCCUUCGAAGAUCUUGAUUCAUUUGUGUUUUGGCCUGCUGUUCCUCAAUCUGAUAUUCUUGUUGGACUCAUGGCUAGCGUUGUACCAAAAUGCAGUAGGCCUGUGCAUUUCUACAGCAUUCUUCCUGCACUACUUCCUGUUGGUUUCCUUCACCUGGAUGGGGCUGGAGGCUCUGCAUAUGUACCUGGCGAUCGUCAAGGUCUUCAACAACUACAUGUCCAGAUACAUGCUGAAGUUUUCUCUUGCAGGCUGGGGAAUCCCUUUGGUUGUCGUCAUUAUUGUGAUUGCUAUAAACAAAGAUAACUAUGGCCUCGUAAACUAUGGGAAUAUUACAGAUGGAGCUACAGAGGAUUUUUGUUGGCUGAAGAAUGACACAGCAUUCUACGUAGCUGUUGUGGCAUACUUCUGCAUCAUAUUUGUGUUGAACCUGUCCAUGUUUGUGGUGGUGAUGGUCCAUCUGAGACGAAUCAAGCGGCAAAACCCCCACAAUAAUCAGUACCGCAGCAGCUUGCAUGACCUCCGUAGCAUCGCGGGACUCACUUUCCUGCUGGGGCUUACAUGGGGCUUCGCCUUCUUCGCUUGGGGACCCGUCAAGUUGGCCUUCAUGUACCUGUUUUCCAUCUUAAAUUCCCUACAGGGAUUUUUUAUUUUUGUUUUCCACUGCGCUUUGAAGGAAAAUGUCCGUAAACAGUGGAGAAUGUACCUCUGCUGUGGCAGGUUACGUUUGGCUGAAAAUUCAGAGUGGAGUCGGACAGCCACACAGAGCAACAACAAGAAGAAUUCGAUUCUGACAGUAAAUACGUCUGAUUCAAUGAACCACAGUGUACUGCAAAGCUCAGUGAGCAGCGAUGAAUCUGUGCCAUCCCAUGGCAUCGGCUCACCAAUGGAUGACAGUCUGAUCACGUUAGAGGAAGAGAACGACGAUGUGGUCAUCAACGAGAUCAACAAUCAACUCAGUUCACGACACAGAUCUGUGUAGAUUUUGGAAGAGGAUUAUAAACCCAGACAGGAAAAUAGGUGAAGGAACAGUCCAUUAAAUAUUCUGUUUAUAGCAGGCCUGAAAAAUGUAUUACCAAGAUGAGAAUCUAGUGA